AUGACUUCUAUAAACCAUAGCAAUAACUUGUGCCUUGUCACCCUUCGACCCCUCUCCCAAGGAAGUAUGGACCUAUUAAAACAUUACAAUCCUGAAAUAACAGAUACAAUUAACACUUUAAAAUCCACGAUAGGCAAGGGACUUGGCGUUUCGGGAUUUGCCUAUGCCAUUGGGAAGGUUAGGAGCGGGCUGCAGGGGUAUGAGAGUGGAUUAGAUGCAGAAAUUGAAGUAGUUAAAAACGCAUUUAAGCAACUUACGGAAAGCAUUAAAACUGCCAAAUCAGAAUUUAAUAAGCCAAUCUCGAAGCCUCUUACUCAACAAUUGUCAGACGCUUCCACGGGGGGGAAAUUCAUUACUGCUAGAGCGAAUAAUGUCGACGAAGCCGUUAAAAAGCUCGAUGAACAUCUAAAAGGUAUGUUAACAUAUAACGUUAAAUUGCUCUUGCAGGCAGUGGAGGGUUUUCAUAGGGUGACGGAAGACGUUGAGGUGAAGCACUUUGCUCGGGCCAUGGACACCGCGCUUGUGAGUCAGAAACAAAAACUCAAUGGAACUGUUAACAUUGGCAUCACGAAUUUACAGAAGACAUUAGAUGUUGAAAUAGGAAAAGUUGGAGAUAGGAUUAAAAUUAUGGGUCAACAAAAAGAUGCGCAGUUAAAGUUGGUGACGGAAGCGAUUGACUCAGCUGUGUAUAACGUCGAAGAUUUGCUGGAUGCGUUUACGGAAUGUAGAAAUGAUACGAAAGAAUUGUUUGUCAGACUACGCAAUGAGACGACGGAGAUUAAUCCUACACGUGGGGAUAAAUCUAAUCUCAGACUUCAGUUUGACCAGAUGGCAGGGGCAGGCACGGGUAUAGAGAACGAUUAUACAGCGAAGUUGUUGUCGGUUAAUGGAUUAGUUGAGGCGGCUGUCCGUAGGGCAGUGGAGUUCAUUAACAACGUUGACCAAUCUAUUAAAAGCGACUUGAUAGGUUUGAAAACCAAAACUGUUAAGAAUGCCAUUGAAGGAUUUGUUCUACAGUUAAAUGAAGCAAAGUAUGAAGACGCUGCUAAAGGUAUCAGAGGUGUUGCUGUUAGUAUCUCAAAUCUCGGAACACUGGAUGGUACUGAAAUUAGACAGUGGCUUACGAAAACCGCCGAUGGCCUACAAAAUGUAAAAAGCUUAUCGGGGCAAGAUGCAUCAGAACCAAACCAAUACGGACGAAGAACAUUAUUAUAUUCGCUAGAAAAUCUUAAAACGGCUAGACAUAAAAAUGGAGGCUCAGAGAAAUCAUUAUUCACCGUUAUUGGAGAAGACAUCGUGAAAGAAGUAGACAAGGCAAUAGGGGAUAUCGAAACUACCUUCAGCAAAAUCAUGUCGGAAUAUUAUCAACUGACGAAAAAAGCCCUGACUCAAAAAGAGAACGGUGCCUUUAGGAAUAUGAUCAAUGGGAUAAAAGAGCACGUCAACUACACUUUUACGCAUGUUGAUGGAAAAAAAGUAAACACGAAACUUCUUGGAGAGUAUGAAACAAACAAAUCGCUAUAUGAUGCUGCAAAAAUAGCAAUGAACUCCAUUAUUCCAAUGCUUGAAAAAAUUCCCAGCGCUGUUGAUGAUGCCCAGCUUGAGGCAGACAGUAAAAUCCAGCUGUUAGAACAGCAGUUGAACCUAGUGAUGAAAAGUUUGAAAUUCAUCGAAUCUGUGUUAAGAUCCGCUGCCGAACGAUUACAUUCCGCCAUAGAUGACAUUCAUGAAGCUCUGUCUAACGCCAGCAAGAAAUUUAAAACAGCCGUUUCGCAACUCCAAUCCACCCUCCUCGCGACCGUCUCCUCCGCCUUCUCCACCCUCACCCACCAAGUCCAAUCCCUCUUCGCGAAGCAGAAGCAGGCCGAGUUCGCCGCGCUGGAGAGCGUUGUCACGGCGCAGUUGCAGGAGAUUGAGAGGGUUAUCCAGGCAGAUAGGGAGAGCGGGGUGAAGGGUUUCUUGAGCAGACUUAAGGGGGAUGUGGACGCAAGUGGAAGUGCAGUUUCACCUAAUAAGCUUGAUGCUAUGAUAACUGUUGUAGGUCGGGCAAAUCAAACACCUAAGGAGACGCUUGGAAGAUUUGCACCAUUGGCAUCGGUAUUCAAAACGUAUGCUGAUGAUAUUUUUACGUAUAUUGAAUGGCAAGUAAAAACGCCAAAAAAGUUUGACACGCCAGGUCAAGGUACAUUGUUAGAACGUAAUAAGCAAUCGAAGCAAGUCGCAAACAUUAAGAGCAAAAUUGACCAAUUGCUGGGCCACUUAAUUAAUCAUGACAACAAAAUCUAUAAUUAUGAUACCAUCUUUUGCGCUUAUUUACGUGAAUUGAUCAAUGCUGUAGGCUCCUUGACAGCCGAUACCUUUGGCGAGGGAAGGCAUCCCAAUUUGCUUAACCUCCUCAAGGAUGCGAUGACGCACUUCGACAAGGAGCUUAAUUACGCCUAUGUCAGUACGUACUCAGACAGAACACUGUUCGAUGAUGAUCCAUCCAAAUACGCGAAAGUAUGCCUGACUACACUUCCCGUGCUAUAUACAGAACUAACGCAGCUAAAGGAAGGAAUCGAAAGGACAGGUGAAAACUGGAGGUUCUAUUCGAUGUAUAACUCCAGUCAACCACGCGCUGGUCUCUACGGCGUGUUCUUUAGGCAUAACGGUUACGACGUUGGCCGCGAUCGAAACAUAGAUCGUGGUGAGCUGAAUAAUAAAGCAACGAUGAACAGCAAUAUUAUCCUUCGGCACCUAGCAACGGGAGACCAUGUUUUAUUUAGUCCCGCCUUUACUCAGCUCGACGGGGCUGAAGGAUCUUUGGAAAAUGAGUCGGAGCCAACGUUCGACGUCGUUCAUGAGGAAGGCGUAAUUCCGAAACUUUACGCUGUGAUUAAACCAUAUAACCAGAUAUCUCAUCUUUCCACAUCCUUCGCAACUAAAACACCUUGCAGCGUAUACGAGCAGUUGAUAUGGCUCUCAGGACUGCAGUUCAACACCGCGUUCGGUCGAUUGUUAAAUCACGUUCCGGAAUUGUUCAUGGUUCCAGAUGAGCUGAACCCAUCAAGGAAAGUACUUCAACCCAUUAACGCUCAUACAAAAUCGGUCUUACCCGCGCAUAUUAGUGAUGCUAUUGAACACUUAUCAGAGCACGCAUACCUACUGUUGGCAGGUAUACUUGGCACUGGCGACGCAAAUACAAUAUACGCUUGCGACUUCGGCAGUAACUCUCAUAAAUUAAAAUAUCCCACAUCAGGUGAAGAGUGUUUUGACAUGCUGCUUGAUAUUCUCCGUCGCUUGUUCACUCCACUCAAAUUUCUGAUGACCCAGUGCGGCCUAAGCGCUAAACAUAAUGGUUGGAAUGACUGUACAUACGGCAAAGGUAUCGCCACCACCAACUGGCCGUGCAACGACCACUCAAGGGAUAAAGCAACGUGCCAACCAAAGUGCCAGGCAAAUUGCCAACCAAAUUGCCGAACAACCUCUCCGCUAAUGUCCUACUUAAACGACUGCUUGCCUGGUCACUUACCGCAUACGCUGGAGACCAUUGGUUGCAAAUCCAAAUGUUUAACAUGUCCUAGUAAUAAGAAGGGAAUGCCGUGUAUAACGCCAUUUGGAUUUAGGGCAUUUUCCGGCAGUACCCGUACGGGUGCAGAGUUAUGCGAUAUGAUUGCCAAGUUCUUGGAUAAUGAAUAUUGUACAUCGCUGUUCUGUCUCGCGCCGACACCGCCAGCCACUUUACCAGAACAUUUCGGAUUUGCUUUAUCUAUUGCGCAGAAUGUCAAUCCUGCAACAACCGUAUAUAGCAAGAUUAAGACAUUUGCGGGCGCUUUUGAAUCAUCUAUAAAAACGCAGUCCAUCAAUCUCUACGAAGAUCCAUUCGCGCUCACUAAACCCAUCAUUAAUGCAUACGGUUCGGAUUCCGUGAAGCAUGGCGAAUGUGAAUAUUACCACCUUAGAAAUCUUACAUCAGACAGUUUGUGUAAACACAAAGCCAAUAGAAUUGGUAGCGCCUCUUUCCUAUCACCCCUCUGCAGCGAUUCUUACGAUAUAUUAGCCAAUAAACAUUCUAAAGCAUACCUCUCUUGGGUCGUUUAUUCGCCGUGGACAUUUUGGAAUUAUCUCAACAAUCUAUACAAUGAGUUCUGCAACGUAGUUUGUCAGGAUUGGGGAUGUCGACAAUGUAUGGCUGGCGAUGCGUGCAAGCGAGGAAAACACGGCAGUGAAAAAUACUCAUGUCACUGCAAAUCCAUAGUUUUGUGUAAAGGUGUCUCACCAACGUUGUACCGAUGCGGAUUUAUGUUUGCCGAUGCGUCCACAUUGAACACUAAAGACAGUGUUCAAACAUGUUUCGACUUCCAGAUGAAGCUAAAUAAAAUUCUUAAUUCGCAAUAUUUCACAGACCUCUUUACCGAGUGCGACAACUUCCUCUGGACAAUCAGAACACCCUUCUCCUACCUUGUCUUAGCUCUCUGGCUCCUCUCUCUGUUGUACCUCAUCCACAUCAUGGUCAUCCGCCUCGACCUGCUCCACAUCAAAUCUCACUUACACUCACCAUCGUCACAUCGCAUCGCCGCUCAAUCACUACUUGCUGCUGGACGCGUUAACAAGCUUAACAGGGUGUUUUAUCUGCAACCAUAA